CAUCAUCAGCCGGUGACAAUUCUCUUGCGCCCCAACGUGGGCAUUGGGGUGACUAUGGAGACGGCUGAUGCUGGUGGAAUCGUGGGUCCUUCUCCGGGGCUACUAAUUUGCGAGGAUAUGAUGGCGGUUAGCGGCGGUACGAAGUUUUUGGCCGCUCGUUAUAAAGAGACCAACAUUGAUGAUCUUUUCAUGUAUGACUGUAUUACUACAAGCAAAAAACCUCAAAAAAACCAAAGUGAGCACGGAAAGCCACCAGGCAAAACAAAUAAUAUCCUUGCCUGUGCAUUUUCUUCAUCAGGGAAGUACUUUGCUCUGACAGAUGACAACAAACAACUAAUUCUUUUCUGCACAAAGCCUUCUUGGGAAUGUCUGAGCAUAAGACCUGUCAUGAGAAGAUGUACUUCCCUGAUAAUAACAGCUGCAGAAGACAAGAUUCUGGUUGCUGACAAAUCUGGAGAUGUGUAUUCUUAUUCAAUAAUAGAACCAAAAAAUGCAGGAACAAUUGAGCUUGGACACUUGUCUCUCCUGUUGGAUUUGGCACUGAGUCCUGAUGACCAGUAUAUCGUAACAGCUGAUCGAGAUGAGAAGAUCCGAGUUAGCUUGACUAAAGCACCACAUGUUAUAGUGUCCUUCUGCCUGGGUCACAGAGAAUUUGUCAGCAGAAUAUUGGUAAUUCCAAACUUUCCUGAUUUUCUUUUAUCAGCUUCUGGGGAUGGUACGUUGAGGCUCUGGAAGUAUAAAAGUGGGAAAGAACUACAUUGCUUUCAAUUGAAUCAUUUGAAUAUAUAUGAAGCCACGAAGAAUGAGAAGAAAUAUGCAGUCUCAAGAAUAGCUUAUUGCUGUGAAGGAAAUUACACUGCCAUUUUAUAUGACUGUAUUCCUGCAGUAUCCAUCUUCCAGCUUGAUGCCGAUGCGCAGAACUUAAUUUCUAGACAGCACAUAUCCUUGAACCACAAAGGUUGGGAUGUUGCAUUUGAAGAAACAGGUGGACUCUGGGUACUGCAGGAGAAUCAGAAAAUACCUCUUCUAUUCUACCAACCUGAGGAUGGACAGUGGCAGCCUGUUGUUGACAAGGAAGAAUUAGUGAAAAUGUCAAAGUACAUACGUGAUCAUUGGACAGUGUUUGAAGGUGCUGUGGAGAAAGAGAGCUGCUUCCAAAAUCUCUACAAGACUUCUUUUGAUAAUAUGUCCAUUUAUUUAAAAAAGAAAGAAGAGAGACUUCAGCAGCAGAAAAAUAAGAGGAAAGAUUCACAAUAUGAAUCAGGUGAACAGACCAAAAAGGUCAGAACUGGAAUGCUGCCCUGAUGAUGCUCAGUGCUAUGACAUCUCUGGCUUUGGAAGAAGCUGAACAGAAAAUGGAAUCUCUUCCUUCAGCUCAACAGAAAUAAAUCUGCUUGAUGAUUAGUGUCAACAUAGCUCACCCCUGACAAGUGGCAAAAGAAGUAACCUGAUUAACAAGCCACAUACCAGUGCCUUUAAAUAACAUAUUUCUAACUGUGUGGCUUUAUAUGUUGCUUGAAUGACAGUGUUGCAAAUGAUGCCUAGAAAAGAAUCAUAACAAAGAACUUCCUCCUUCAAAUCCAGUUGAUCAGACUUGCUUCCUGAGCCAAGAGUAUGCUUUCUUACGUUGUCAAACUGACCAUUGCAGACUCAAAAUCAUUGCAAAGUGGUCAACUUCCACCCAUCCGUCUUAGUCUUUUCGUUCAGAAGCUGAGGCAAUAUAUACUGUAUAGUUAUAUGAGAAAGAAGCUGGUUUACUGAUGUGGUUCAUGGCCAAGCCCAAUUAUCUUUGAAAUUUUGUAUCUGAAAAUGUUGUAGAGUUUAUCAUCUUCAGUUUAUCUACUGAAUCAUAGAAUCAAUCAGAACGAGGCCGAUAAAAACUGGCUCUGUUUGAUUCCAAUUGUCCUUAGUGCAUUUAAAUAGACAGAAACAUGAGUGAAUGAGGUAGCAUAUGAUAGCUGUAAUAUCACGAUAAGUGGUGUCUGCAGCAAGCCCCUGUGAUCCAAAAAUGGCAUGUAUUAAAGACUUCGUGACACAAAUGCUGCCAUUUAGUGCCUACAUCCUAACAUCUGACACAAGAAUGUAAGUGGUAGUAUUUGGGUCAUGACACAAGUUUAUCUUGAUUGGCACUGUGAUUAUUAAGUUGAUCUCUUUAACAGUAAAGGAGUAAUAAAAAGCAUAUUUAUGGAACAUCUGUUUUAUAUUGUAUUUAGCCAACUUAAAGAUCUUUCCAUUUUUUUUCAGUUCAAAGCUAGCAAUUUGAUGUUAUAAAUUGAGCUGCAGUACUUGAAUAGUUUUUGAUAAUCAUUAAAAUAUCUCACUGAGAGAUUUUGCCUUA